UUUACCAGUUAUUUAUUUUUUGAAAAUUCAUAAUGCAUCAAUAUUUACCACAAAAAUGUGCUUUCAGGAUGUUCUUUUUUUUCCUUCCACAAAUGGCAUGCUUUCAAAAAACGCAUGCGCGGAAACCUCCAUGACCCUAGACUAUGGAGUAACAUCUGAAAUGCACAAGUUGAAAAGUUCCCAAAAAGACAAAGUGAGGCAAUUUAUCGCCUUCACUCAAACGGGAGAGAAGUCAGCAAUAAACUGCUUAGGAGCUCACGAUUGGAAACUCGAUGUUGCAGUCGACAAUUUCUUUCAAAACCCAGAUCGCUACAGCAGCGAACCCAGGUCAUCUGUUGACAAAAAGAAACUCGAUAGUUUAUGGCAAAGAUAUAAAGAUCCUCAUGAAGAAGACAAGAUGACAGUGGAUGGUGUGAUGAAAUUUUUGGAAGAUAUGAAUUUAAGUCCUGAGUCUAGAACUGUUUUGCUCAUAGCAUGGAAGUUCAAGGCGGCGACGCAGUGUGAAUUCACAAAAGAAGAAUUUGUCAAUGGAAUGGCAGAACUAAACUGUGAUUCAGUAGAAAAACUAAAAAGUAAAUGUCCAGUGCUAGAACAGGAAAUCAGGGAUUCCAGCAGGUUUAAAGACUUUUAUCAAUUCACGUUUAAUUAUGCGAAAAAUCCAGGACAAAAAGGGUUAGACCUUGAUAUGGCAAUAGCAUAUUGGAAUAUAGUUCUUGCAGGCAGAUUCAAAUUUUUAAAAUUAUGGAGUGACUUUUUGCAGGAACAUCACAAAAGAUCAAUUCCCAAGGACACCUGGAAUCUGUUAUUAGACUUUUGUAAUAUGAUUAAUGAAGAUAUGUCAAAUUAUGAUGAAGAAGGAGCAUGGCCGGUGUUAAUUGAUGAAUUUGUAGAAUAUGCAAAACCACUGAUUGGUCCUAAAAGUACAACAGUUUGAGACAGCCUGUUCCUUGAUAUUUUGUACUGUAUUUUUCUUGAGGAGGAUCACAUGGACAACAGCCUUGUACUGUCACAAAUACCAGCAUCGAUAAUGUGAAAAUUCCUGUUUUGUUUCAUAAAGCAUAGCACAAUACCUCCUAUCUGCCACAAUAUAAUGGACAUGCAAAGAAUAUUAAAUAUUCAAAUUAUUUAAUGAUAUAUUUAGUUAUUUACAUUGAUUAUGGAGUGAUGUCUUUGUAUGUUUUAUGUAAUACAUCUUUUAAAUGUUA